CGUUGGAGAGCGGCUCUCCUGCCGCGAGCGAAGCGAGAUCCCUCCGCCGGAGGGCCCCGAAUGCGCCUGCGCGCCGCAAAAGAGGGCGGAAGUGACCCGCAGAGAGGAGCUGUGCAACAUCCUGAGGGGGACGUGGAGAGCGAGCGGGGCUGAGCCUUGGCGGUUGUCUUCUGUUCUUCUCUUUUUCCCCCUCUGUUUUUUUCAUUCCCCCCUAUUGGUUCUCUCAUUCUCUCUUGGGCCUACUUUGUGUGUCCUUCCGCCGCCUGUCAAUCAAACGUCUCGUCCUCCUGUCUGUCUGUCCACCCAUCUCAAUCUUCUCUCCAAAACAUUAAUUACCCCCUUUUUUCUGCCAGUCCGGCCUCCCCUCACUCUCUCAAGGGAUACCAUUCCCUCCUCUCCUCCUCUUCUGCCCCCCCAAUCUGUUUUGCCUAUUGAACCUCACUGAGGACUAGCCCCUUGGCUAGCCUUUUAAAAGGCAUUGCUUUAAUUACCCCUGGAUUUGGGCUGCUCAGGGUUGGGGGGCCUGCCUUUCUAGACCCCCCCUCCCAAACUCCCUAAGUGGCCUGUUCUUUAAAACUGAAUAAGGACCCAUCCCCGCCUUUCAAUAUAUAGGAUCUUCAUCCGGAGAUUUUUCCAGGGUUGCCUUGGUUGCUUUAUCUUUUGGGGUGGGUCAGAGGGAGUGAAGUGUAAUUAUUACCUCACCCUUGGCCAUUGAAAAAAGCUGUUUCGUGCUUAUGUGAAAAAGGGGGAUUUUUGCCCCUCUGCCUUUUUUUCUGCAGGAAGGUGUAAGGGUGUCUCUUUAUCUGCCCCUCUCCUGCUUAACUCAAAACACCCACCUGUCUUCCUCCUCCUCCCUCUCUCUUAACAAAGCUGCUCUGGUUUUCUCUCCGAACCUUCUCCCGGUGCCUCUGUUUUGCCCUCUUCUCACUUCUCCGGAUUGCAAAAACUGGAACACCCCCCACACCCUCUGUCCACCCCCCCACCCCUGAAACCUGGUCUGUGUUGUUCUGUCCCUGCAAGAGGUCCCAUUGGGGAAUUCUGGGCGGCCGGUCUUGCUCUUUGCUUGUCUUCUGGUUUUGUUUAGUUUUUUCUCUCCCACCCGUUUCCCCGUCUCUGUGAUCUGGUUCCAGACGCAAGGCAUCAUGUCGGUGGCAGGACUCAAAAAGCAGUUCUACAAAGCCAGCCAGCUGGUCAGUGAGAAAGUCGGAGGGGCGGAAGGCACGAAGCUGGACGAGGAUUUCAAAGAAAUGGAAAAGAAAGUGGAUCUCACGAGCAAAGCCGUGGUGGAGGUCUUAGCCCGGACGACCGAGUACCUGCAGCCCAACCCGGCCUCCCGGGCGAAGCUGACGAUGCUAAACACCGUGUCCAAGAUCCGGGGUCAGGUGAAGAGUCCUGGGUACCCCCAGUCGGAAGGCCUCCUGGGCGAGACCAUGAUCCGGUACGGGAAGGAGCUGGGGGACGAGUCAAACUUUGGGGACGCCCUGCUGGACGCUGGCGAGGCCAUGAAGCGCUUAGCCGAGGUCAAGGAUUCCCUGGACAUCGAGGUCAAGCAGAACUUCAUCGACCCCUUGCAGAACCUGUGUGAUAAAGACUUGAAAGAAAUCCAGCACCACCUGAAGAAGCUGGAAGGCCGGCGUUUGGAUUUCGACUACAAGAAGAAGCGUCAGGGGAAGAUCCCGGACGAGGAACUCCGGCAAGCCCUGGAAAAGUUCGAGGAGUCGAAGGAAGUGGCCGAGACGAGCAUGCAUAAUCUCCUAGAAACGGACAUCGAGCAGGUCAGUCAGCUGUCGGCCCUGGUGGACGCGCAGCUGGAUUAUCACCGGCAGGCUGUGCAGAUUCUGGAUGAGCUGGCGGAUAAACUCAAGCGCAGAGUGAGAGAGACCUCGUCGCGCCCCAAGCGGGAGUAUAAACCGAAGCCCAGGGAAUCCUACGAGUUCAGCGAGAGCGACCAGUCGAACGGUGGAUUUGCUUGCAACCCGCCCCCCAAAGUCUCCGCUGCCCCCCUGGACCAACCGUGUUGCAAAGCCCUCUACGAUUUUGAGCCCGAGAACGACGGCGAGCUCGGCUUCAAGGAGGGCGACGUCAUCACGCUGACCAACCAGAUCGACGAGAACUGGUACGAGGGCAUGAUCCACGGCCAGUCGGGCUUCUUCCCCCUGAACUACGUGGAGGUGCUGGUCCCGCUGCCUCAGUGAAAACGGUUCUCUCGUUUGCUCUCUCUUUCUCAGCGUCUCCCUGUCCUUCUCCUGGCGCCCGCCUGUUCCUCGCCCACCCUUCUGGGCGGGCACCCAGAGACACGGGGGGCUGAAAAGAGAGGGGGGGAGCCUCUUUCCCAAACAUUCCACAGGGUCGCCCAACAUGAACGAGUGGGAACCCCUUUUGCAAAAAAGAGAAAGACAGACAAGGCAUGAAAUUUGGGUUUGCAUUGGUGCAUAAAUGAAGAAACGGAGGAACCGGGGAGAACCCCCCCAGUGGUUGGAGGGGACCUGGGGGGCAGAGCACAAAAGAUGCCAAAUGGUGGGAAUGGUGCACCCCAAAUCUCACUGCCCUGUCUCUCUCUUUCUCUCCUCUCCCUCUCCUGGCAUUUGAACUCGGGGGACGAUUGAGCCGGACCCCCCGAGGGAGCAGGGUAUGUGUGUUGGCCGGUGUGUUUUUACACCCGAUCAUCACCCCUUCAUCGUGGCAGUUUUCCUCUUUCUGUUGCAAGCUUUGGGGGGGGACUGUCGUUGUGCUAGUCAGGGGGUCUUGUAGGUCGUGUGUGUGCGUGUGCAGAUGGGGGACACCAGGCUGGCCUGGAUGCGGAACCAUUUGCAGCCAGGGGGUGGUGGUGGUGGGAUUUUUCAAUUGGAGGCAAAGUCAGAAACUAAAGCCUCCCCUGGCCUUUUUUUUUUCUUUCCUGGCCCUCCCCAGGGGUCGGCUCACGUUUAAAACACUACAGGGCCGCUGGCCUUCCAGCCCGAUGGCCCCCUCCAUGCAAAAUGAAAGCACUUAUUGAAAAUGUAACGCCUCUUAGGCAUUUUCCCCACCGCCUCUUCUCUGACCCCUUGGUUCCUUCUCUCAAAGCCCCUCCAGGACGGAGGGGAGACUCAGCAACCCAUCGUCCCGCCCAAACCGUGGCGUGAUCAGGUGGGUCUUGUAGUCCAGGCCAGAGAUGCCCAGUUGGGUUUAAAACUUAAGUCUGGGGAACAUCCACCGUCCUCGGUUGUCACAGCGGCUCGAGAUGGGCCAUUUGUCCGAACCAGGCGUGCCUUCUCUUACCACCUCUACCUGGCGUCCUGUCCUAGAAAAUAAAAUUUUUUUGAGAGCACAACUCAUCCUGUUUGCCUGGUGUGGCUUCGGCCGGAGGAAAACAGCCAUGGCUGUUAGCUACGAGCUAAGUUUUAUUUUAAUUUUAUUUGCCUCGGUUUCUGAAGCGUAACGGGUCAGUUUGAGGCAUAGCCUGUAUUAGGUGCAAAAGUGUAAGUGCACAAAAGAACACUGAAACCCCGGCCAGCUGCUUCUCCACCCGUUUGCUAAGAGGGCGGGAUUGCUUUUUGCACAUCGAGCCGGCAAACACAGCUCUGGCGAGAGGCUAGCUCUCUCCAAACCUGGGCGCUCCCAGAAACACACCCGUGAGUAAACGCGUGGAACAGGUGGAUCCGAUCGCAACCAGGUGGUGAAGAAAGCCUGGAUCCAGUUGGUUGUGAAGGUAGAGAGAAAGUCACACUUCAUGAGCCUGACGCCUGAUUCCCCUGCGCCCCCCCCCCCGGAGGUGCUAGCUUUCUACAUUCAGGUAGGUUUUCAAACCGGCUCCUUAGCCUCCUCGCUAGAGUCCCGUUCUCCCAAGGAGCCUGAAAACCAUCCGUUGCCCAUUUCCUAAAAUGAAGACGGCUGCAUUUCAGGUAUAAACCCACAAGAGUAGGCGUGUUAACAGCUGAUGGGGAUAUUCGCACUUAAGUCUUUCGAUCCCUGUAAAUUUCUCUUCCUCUAGAUUCAGCCUCAAAGGUGUGGGGUUGGGGAAAGCUUUUAAAACCUCCCAGGAGGGCGGAAGGCAGAUGAGCGCAGGGGGAAGAGGAGACUCAGGCCAAGGGAGCGGAUCCAUACCGAGGCGUUGAGCCACGUUAGGUAGUAUUUUGUAUUUUCCUCCUUUCCAAAAUAAAGAGCGUUCACCACGCCUUUUUCUCACUGCAGGCGGUGGAAGUCAACACAGCUAGGAUUCAUUCCCUCCUUCCCUUAUUUGCCCCCACACACCAAAAAAAUGUGGCAACCUCAUAGUUUGCUCCAUCUCUAAAACUGAUUUUCAGAAAGCCGCCAGAACAAUGUCCUUUAAAAAAGAAAGAAGAGGAUAUGGUAGGAAGCUGGCUGAGAUUUUACUCUGGGUUGAAGAAAAUUGCAUCGACGGGAGUGGCGGAUUAAAAUCAGGGAGCCAAGCGCUUGUUCGCACGCCUGGUCUCGUGCUAGGCGGCGUGACCAGCCCAUGGCUGGGCAUGCAGCCGGCACCUUUGCUACGAAUUUGCUUUCCUGCCUCUCGCAAUUCCAACUGGAAGGUAGAGGAUAGAACAGGGACCUUAGCAAGCCCACAAGGCUCCCCAAAGUUGGUGAUUAAGAGAAAUAAAACGUUUGCGGAAAACACCAAGUGGGAAACCCCAGUAAUACUUACAAACUGCCCGCGUUGGCGAUAGGAUAAUUUUCUCAUCUGAGUUCUCAGCUCGAGGGCCUGCUUUUUUUCCCCUGUCCCUUCCCCAGUACCCUGACCCACCUGUAAUAUUUAUAUUCAUAUAUUUUAUAUAAUCUACCUAUAUAUCUCAACCCACUUAUUUUGUAAGUCAUCCUUUCCCCCCCCCUCCCUCCUGCGGUUAGGGGAGGCAAGGUGGAUUUCCCCGGUAAUUUUCCUACAAGCUGCUUUAAAGACGUGUAUAAAUCUAUAUUUUUACCCCCUUGGCUGCUUUCGUGUAAAUUCCUGCAUAUUUCUUUCAGAUUCUUGUUUUAGCCCAAACGGAUUCAAUGUAGCCCAAAUGGAUUCUUUUUCCAUAUAUCUUUUGUCUUUUUUCUGAUGCCACUCCCAUGGUAUUGUCCGGCUGGGAAUGAAUUUGUGAAGACCAGCUAUAUCUUGGGUUGCUGAUCCUAAUUUGUGUGUGUGUGUGUGUGUGUGUGUUUCCAAGGGCUCCGAGCAGCUCCACCCCACAGAUCUUCUAUUUUUUAUCAUCCUCAGCCCCAUUUUCCCUUCCCCGUUAAUUAUCAUCAUACCUCCCAGGAGGGCCACACGAGUAAAAGUUACCCGGGAAAGACCAGACCUUUGUAAAUAACCAGCCCCAUUGCAUUGGGAUAUAAUUCCUGCCGAUUGUUUCCAUUUGAUCGCGUGAAAAAAAAA